GCAUUCAUCAUCCAUCAUCCAGACUAUGGUUUACCCGCGUCUUUUGGUUUUCUCUCCGGUUUUCUUUUCGCCCUGGCAAGCCAUCCAUCCCUCCAAAUCUUUCUACUUUGUUCGCGCACCAAAUGUGGCCAAUCCGGUUUCAGUCGUCAAAGGGCAUCGUCGGUGGUUUGACUCUCUUUUCCAUCGGAAAACGCUUACGCGUCCUCCUCAGCUUGACUUCACCUGGAUUACUUCCCAUG